UUAUAAAAAUCAAAUCAAAUCCCACAUAUAAUCAAUAGAACAAUUUACGAAAUCUUAUAAUAUAUACAUUCUAUAACCAAAAGAACAAUUUAUGGUUGAUUGAUACAACAUAUAAUCAAUCAACCAUGUAAUCAAUCAACCAUAUAAUCAAUCAACCAUGUAUGACCCAGAACAAACAAAAUGGAUCCAAUACAACAAACACACAAAACACCCAUUAAAAGAAGUGUACAAACACUCAAAAUUCGAGUGCAAGUCUUGCAAAUCAAAAGGCCAAGGCAUGCGUUUUCGUUGUGAUCAAUGCAACUUCGAUGUUCAUCCAACGUGUGGGACUUGCCCAGAUUCAAUCUCUUCAUUCACACACCCACAACAUGUUCUGCAACUAAUGGAGAGACCUAAUCUCCAUUUUCAUGAAUGUCACCUUUGUCAAAAGCUUAUAAAAGGGGUGGUUUAUAGGUGUAAAGCAUGUAACUUUUUUGUGCAUCCUGUUUGUAGUCAGUUGCCUGAGUAUUUGUCGAAUCAUGCUAUACAUCCUCCUCAUUCUUUGAAGCUUCAAUUAAUGGCGUCUAGUAAGUGUGAUGUUUGUGAUAAGUCUUGUAAGCAUUGGAGGUAUUUUUGUGGGAUUUGUGAUGUUCAUAUUCAUGUUGGGUGUUUGUCAGGGAAGAGUACUAGUGAUAAUGAUGAUGAAGGUGGAUUUGGUGUUUUCGUUGAGAUUGUAGCUGGUAUUGCUGAAGGUUUUUCUGGAUGAAGUUUGUUCUGUAUCUUAUAUUCUUAUUUGAUGACUAUGUCAAUAUAUUAUUUGAUUCAAAGUUUAUGUAUGUGAUCUUUGUAUUUUAUUUGAAUAAAAGUAUUUUUAAAUCAAA